CCGUCUGCCACAAGUACACCAGCAUGGCUUGCAAGCUUGUAGUGUUGGCCGCCCUGGUGGCAGUCGCCAGAGCCGGCUACCUGGGCGCACCCGCCGUCUACGCACCUGGAGCUCCCCUGGCCGCCCGCGCCUAUGCCGCCCCCGCCAUCGCCGCCACUCCCAUUGCCAGAGCCUACGCCCCAGCAAUUGCUGCCGCCCCCAUAGCCAGGGCGUACGCCCCUGCCAUCGCCGCCGCCCCCAUCGCCAGAUACGCCGCCGCCCCCAUCGCUAGGUACGCCGCUGCCCCCGCCGUCAGAGCCGCCCCUGUGGCCGUUGCCGCCCCUGCCGCUGUCGCCGCCGAGUUCGACCCCAACCCGCAGUACAGCUACGGCUACAGCGUGCAGGACGCGCUCACCGGCGACUCCAAGAACCAGCACGAGACGCGCAGCGGUGACGUCGUCCAGGGCAGCUACAGCCUGGCCGAACCAGACGGUUCCAUCCGCACCGUCGAGUACACAGCUGACCCCGUCAACGGCUUCAACGCCGUCGUGCACAGGGAGAGCGGUGCCCACCCCGCACCGGUCGUCGCCGCCGCCCCCGCCAUCGCCGCCGCCCCCAUCGCUAGGGCUGCUUACGCUGCCCCCGCGCUAGCGUAUGGCAAGGCUUACCACGGCUAGAUUCCCAAUGGGUCAUCUUUUACGCUCAUAACCAUCAUGUACAAAUUUAUAUAUUCAUAAU